UGUUUUCCACUUAGUCUUCCUCUCUGUAGAAUGAUGGACUCCACAUAAUUUGGAAGUAAUCUUAUAACCCCUCCCAGACUGACACAAACAUAAAUACAGACCCUAAAGAUAUAUCAAUGUUUAGUUAUAGUUAUAGUUUAUUAUAGAAAUUCUCCCUGGGGUUGCCCCAUGACUAAUGGUUUUCAUUAAUAAUUUAAGCUGCUGCAGCUGCUUGAAAAUAUUGACAGAAAUUAAGCAGGUCUGAAGUAUGUAGUAAUAUUUGUUUAGGUCUUUUAAUUUUGGAUGAUAAACAUCUGUCCUGACUGCUUCUAUUAUGCGACUGUUGUGACUGGUGUAAUUCCCAACUGGUCCCCAACAACAUCUUUUUCAUCUGGAAUCAGUAAGAAAGUUUCCACACUGCUUCUGCAUCAUGACUUGGCUUUUGUUAGAUAAUUCAUAGCACUAUGUAAAAUUGUGAUUUUAGUCCUGAUGAAGACCAGAUGGUGCUAAUACAUAAACCACAGAAAUGAAUGGAUGGGCUUAAAACUGUCACUAGAUUUGUCUAAUUGACUUUGCACAUGUCAAACCACACCUCACAAUGUAGGCAUUCUUUAACCUCUUCUUGACAAAGUUUUUUUUUUCAGGCUCCUGUCUGAAAUGACAUACUCAAAAUGAAUUAUAUUUUCACAACUACAAGGGUCCCCCUUUUUGAGGAAGGGGACCACCACCCAGUCUGCCAGUCCAGUGGAACUGUCCAUGAUAUCCACGCAAUGCUGCAGAGGCGUGUCAACUGAGGCAGCCCUACAGCAGCAAGAGCCAUAAUGAACUUUGGGAGGACCUCAUCCACCAUGCUACUUAGGAGCUUUUUAACCCCCUCAGCGACCUCAGCCUGGGAGAUGGGAGAGCCCAUGCCAGGGUCUCCCAACUCUGUUUCCUAUCCCCACUGCUUCCCCCUCUUGAGCCAUCGGAUAGUAGACCAAAAUCUCCUCGAAGCCAUCUGGAAAUCAUUCUCCAUGGCCUCUCUAAACUCAUUCAAUGCCCGAGUUUUUGCCUCAGUGACUGCCAAAGCUGCAUUCUACUUAGCCUGCUGAUACCCAUAAGCUGCCUUCGGAGCCCCACAGGCCAAAAAGGCCUGAUAGGACUCCUUCUUCCUCUUGACGGCAUCCCACACUGCCAGUGUCCACCAACAGUUUUGGAGAUUUCCGCCGCAACAGGUACCAAUGAUCUUACAGCCACAGCUCCAGUUGGCCGCCUCAACAAUAGAGGUACAGAACACAGCAGACUCCGUACAUCUGAUGAUAUGACUACAAAGUCGAUCAUCAAACAGCAGCAUAGAGUGUCCUGGUGCCAAGUGCACAUGUGGACACUCUUAUGUCUGAACAUGGUGCUUGUUAUGGACAAUCCAUGACGAGCACAGAAGUCUAAUAACAAAACAAAUAGAUUCAAAUUGGGGCUCCAGCUCUCAUUGUCAUCACCCACGUGAGUCCCCCAGCAGAAAAAGGGAUUCACAGAUGGAGUGCUCUCCAACACCCUAUCCAAGGACUCCAAAAAGAGUGGGUACUCUGUGCUCAUGCACGAACAACAGUUCAAACAACAGUCAGGACCCGACUAUAUCUAGCCGUAAUGCUAAACCUUGCGCACCAGCUCAGACUUCUUCCCCGCCAGAGAGGUGACGUUCCACGUCCAUACAGCUUCCUUCUUCAGCGGAGCAUUAGACCGCCAGGGUCCCCGCCUUUGGCCUCUGCCCAGCUAACACUGCACCCAACCCUUAUGGCCCCUCGCACCGGUAGUGAGCCCACAGGAGGGGGUACCCAUUUCACCCUUUCAGACUGAUGGGGGUCCCAGUGACCCACGUCUGGGCAAGGGAAACCUGGAUCUAUUGAUUUUUUUAAUUGUAGGGGUCUGUUGAGCCAGUGCUUUGUCUGGUCCCUACCCUACAGACCUGUUUGCCAUGGGUGAUCGUACCAGGGGUAUAAAGGCCAGGCAACAUAGCUCCUAGGAUCUUUGGGAUGCAAAGAUCAGUUUUCAUUACAUUCCAACAUAACUGCUUGUUUGGUUAGGAUGCCAGUACUUGGUAGUCUUUUAGAUGAGUUUCUUCCUAUCAUUUUGGUAUGCUACAUGUUUGGAUUGUUGCCUUCUAGUGUGUGCAAACAUCUUCUGCACUAUAGUAUCUCAUGCUGCCUCCUGUACAGGGGGUCAAAUCAAGAAGUGGUUACCUAUAAAGGGGUUUCCACAGUGCCAUCCACUUAAAUCAGAAAAUCUGUGGCUAGACCUUUAAAAAGCAAUGCAUGCAGUAAGUGUUGCGUCAAAAUUGUCUCUCUAAAGGAGGACCCAGCAAGCUUUUCCUCGUUUAACUCUUUAUUUUUAGUAAACUGGCUCGUAAGUGGAAUCGCUGGUUACGUCGUAAAUGCAGAGGGUAUGUGAAGUCCAAGCUGUUCCACUGGUGGGUGAUCUUCCUCGUUUUCCUCAAUACCCUGGCAAUAGCAACGGAGCACCACAAGCAGACUGAAAGACUCACAAACUGGCAAGAUAGCGCCAAUAAGCUGCUGCUGUCUAUGUUUGCUCUGGAGAUGUUUAUGAAGAUGUACGCUCUGGGCUUACCUUCCUACUUCAUGCUUCUCUUCAAUCGCUUUGACUGCUUUGUGGUCUCCACCGGCGUCAUGGAGCUCAUCCUCGUCCGCAUGGGAGUCAUGUCAGUCAUGGGCAUCUCUGUACUACGUUGUAUCAGACUGCUGCGACUCCUCAAAGUCACCAGAUACUGGACAUCUCUCAGUAACCUGGUGGCUUCCCUCUUAAACUCGGUACGCUCCAUCGCCUGCUUGCUGCUGCUUCUUUUCCUUUUUAUCGUCAUUUUCUCCCUGCUGGGUAUGCAGGUGUUUGGGGGAAAGUUCAACUUUCCCAACCAGCCAAAACCCCGGAGCACCUUUGACAGCUUUCCUCAGGCUCUCAUCACCGUUUUCCAGAUCCUGACAGGUGAGGACUGGAAUGCUGUUAUGUAUGAUGGUAUAAUGGCUCAUGGGGGACCCACAAUGCCUGGAAUCCUUGUCAGCCUCUACUUCAUCAUCCUGUUUGUAUGUGGAAACUUUAUCCUUCUAAAUGUCUUCCUGGCCAUUGCUGUUGAUAAUUUGGCGGAGGCUGAGUCCUUGACUUUAGCCCAAAAGGAGAAAACUGAGGAAAAAAAACGCAAGAAGGCCCUCAGGGCCAACAUGUCUGACAAGGCCUCAGAAGAGAAAGCAAAUCUGGCAAAGAAGUUGGCUGAGCAAAGGGCCAAAGGAGUAGAGGGCAUUCCUACCACAGCUAAGCUGAAAAUUGAUGAGUUUGAAUCUAAUGUAAAUGAGAUCAAAGAUCCAUUCCCUCCAGCAGACUUUCCAGGUGAUGAUGAGGAGGAGGACCCUGACAUUCCAGAAAGUCCCAGACCUCGUCCGAUGGCAGAUCUACAGUUGAAGGAGGAAGCGGUGCCGAUGCCGGAAGCCAGCUCGUUUUUUAUUUUUGGACCUCAGAACAAGUUUCGGAAACUCUGCCAUCGAAUUAUUAAUGCAACGACUUUCACCAACAUCAUCCUUCUUUUCAUCCUGCUGUCGUCUGUUUCUUUAGCUGCUGAGGAUCCUAUUGACCCCAUGUCCUUCAGGAACCAGGUGUUGGCCUACGCUGAUAUCGUAUUCACUUCAGUUUUCACAGCAGAAAUUGUGCUGAAGAUGACAACAUAUGGUGCCAUUCUUCACAAAGGGUCCUUCUGUCGGAACUCAUUCAACAUCCUGGAUCUUCUGGUAGUCAGUGUAUCGCUUCUGUCCAUGGGCAUGGAGUCAAGUGCCAUCUCAGUGGUCAAGAUUCUCAGAGUUUUGAGAGUCCUCCGUCCUCUAAGAGCCAUCAACAGAGCCAAAGGACUCAAGCACGUCGUUCAGUGUGUGUUUGUUGCUGUCAAGACCAUUGGAAAUAUUGUACUGGUCACAGUGCUGCUGGAUUUCAUGUUUGCCUGCAUUGGAGUCCAACUUUUCAGAGGAAAGUUUUAUGCCUGCACGGACCCAGACAAGAUGACUGAGGAAACCUGCAAGGGCUGGUUUAUAAAGUUCCAGGAAGGAGCGCUUCAUGAGAUGGAAGUUCAUCAGAGGGUAUGGAUUAACUCUGAACUCAACUUUGACAACAUCCUCAAUGGCAUGCUGGCUCUUUUCACCAUCUCUACCUUUGAAGGAUGGCCAAAGAUUCUAUAUAAAGCUAUUGAUUCCAACAUGGAGGAUCAAGGCCCCGUGUACAACAACCGAGUGGCCAUCUCAGUCUUCUUCAUCAUCUAUCUCAUCCUCAUUGCCUUCUUCAUGAUGAAUAUAUUUGUGGGCUUCGUCAUUGUCACCUUCCAGGAACAAGGAGAACAGGAGUACAAGAACUGUGAGCUGGACAAGAAUCAGCGUCAGUGUGUGCAGUAUGCUCUGAAAGCCCGACCGCUGCGAUGCUACAUUCCCAAGAACCCUUAUCAGUAUCAGGUGUGGUACAUUGUCACUUCCUGCUACUUCGAGUACCUCAUGUUCCUCCUCAUCAUGCUCAACACCAUGUGUCUGGGAAUGCAGCAUUGCAACCAGUCGGACCACGUAACUCACCUGUCCGACAUGCUGAAUGUGAUCUUCACCGUGCUCUUUACUGUGGAGAUGAUCCUGAAACUCAUGGCCUUCAAAGCCAAGGGUUAUUUUGGAGACCCCUGGAACGUCUUUGACUUUGUCAUCGUCAUUGGAAGUGUUGUAGACGUGAUGCUGAGUGAAAUUGAUGCUGCUCUGGCUUCCUCUGGUGGACUUUACUGCUUCCACAACUGUGCUGAAGUGGAUCCGAUGCAAGCAAUCGCAUCUUCUGAGAACAUGAGCGUGUCCAUCACCUUCUUCAGACUCUUUCGUGUCAUGCGUCUGGUGAAACUUCUGAAUCGCUCUGAGGGGAUUCGUAACCUUCUGUGGACCUUCAUUAAGGCCCUUCAGGCUCUUCCAUAUGUGGCUCUGCUCAUUCUCAUGCUGUUCUUUAUAUACGCAGUGGUGGGAAUGCAGAUAUUUGGUAAAAUUGCUCUAGUCGAUGGCACGUUCAUCAACAGAAACAACAACUUUCAGACCUUCCCACAGGCUGUGCUGCUCUUAUUCAGAUGUGCUACAGGGGAAGCGUGGCAUGAAGUGAUGCUGGCGUGUAUGUAUGGGAAGAAGUGUGAUCCCAAAUCAGACUUCCUGCCUGGGGAAGAGUACACCUGUGGAUCCAACUUCGCCAUCAUCUACUUCAUGAGCUUUUACAUGCUGUGUGCUUUUCUGAUCAUAAACCUGUUUGUGGCUGUCAUCAUGGAUAACUUUGACUACCUGACACGUGACUGGUCCAUCCUUGGCCCCCAGCACUUAGAUGAGUUCAAGAAAAUCUGGGCAGAAUAUGACCCCGAGGCCACAGGGCGUAUCAAGCACCUUGAUGUGGUGACACUCCUCCGGAGAAUUCCUCCUCCUUUGGGUUUUGGCAAGUUCUGUCCUCAUCGUAUUGCUUGCAAGCGGUUGGUGUCCAUGAACAUGCCUCUCAACAGCGAUGGAACAGUCACCUUCAAUGCUACCCUGUUUGCCCUGGUUCGAACAGCACUGAAAAUAAAGACAGAAGGUAACUUUGAAAAAGCCAACGAGGAGCUGAGAGGAAUCAUUAAGAAGAUCUGGAAACGCACCAGUAUGAAGCUUCUGGAUCAGGUGAUCCCACCUAUUGGAGAUGACGAGGUCACCGUAGGAAAGUUCUAUGCAACUUUCCUAAUCCAAGAAUAUUUCCGGAAAUUGAAGAAGAGGCAGGAAGAGUAUUACGGCUACCGUCCCACUAAGAAAAGUGCCACCAAUGAGAUCCAGGCUGGACUGAGGAACAUUGUGGAAGAAAUUCCUGUAGAGCUGCACAGAGCGAUUUCUGGAGACCUGCUGGCUGAAGAUGACACCGAGGCCAUCUUGAGGAGGGAAGGGAGUCUCUUUGGGAACCACUCCAACCCGUUUGUGGCAGAGACAGAUUCAGCCAACACCAGCCAGCGUCCUCUGCAGAUGGCUGAAGGUGUCAUGAACAACAGCCAGUGUUAAUGGUAGCUUCGAGGACUGGCUGUGAGAUGACUUCAAACAGUAACCUGUGAUGUUAUCAGGAUGGAGAUGAAAGGAUGGACUGUGAUGAAAGAGGCUGUGAAGGUCACCAAACACUAACCGUCCACCGUGGAGUCAAGAGCUGUCAUGAUGUAUCAGCCUGUUUACUUUCUCAGUCUGAGUCCUCUUCCUGUUCAGUCCACUUCUCUUUAUAAAGUUUGAAAGUGAUUUAACUGAAACAGUUAAAGAUACAUAAAUAAAUAAAUGUGUCAACAGGCCCUCCAUACAUGGCUCAUUUGUCGGAGCUAGCUUAUAUAGCCAUCCAUCCGCCAUGCUUUCACCAGGAAUCUACAUUUCUGCAUUUCCUGUGACACCUGCACUCUGUCACUUUGCAGCUCAGUCAUGGACCCCAACACAGCCUCAUCUCUCUCCACUUCAAAACAUACUGAGACCUCCUCUGCCUCCACCUCUAGCCUGUCUGUCUCCUGCAGUCAGCUGAACAAACAAGUGGAGAAACUGAACCAGAACAAAGCUGCAGGUCCAGAUGGUGUCAGUCCCAGGUUUUGAAAACCUGCUCAGAACAACUAUGUUGGAUUCUUCAUCACCUUUUCAACACCAGCCUGAGUUAGAAAAGAGUUCCUGUGCUGUGGAAAACAUCCUGCCUUCUUCCAGUACCUAAAUGAUCCAACCAUCUGAACCAGAUUACUACAGACCAGUUUACCUAACCCAACGCCUCACAUCAUGAAAGUCCUUCAGAGCGUGUUAAGAGGCUUACCUCAAUAAGCAGGUGAAUGCCUUUCAGGAUCCAUUACAGUUUGCUUAUCAUAGGGGAGUCUGGAUUUC